AUGGCUACCAACAGGCCUGACACACUUGACCCUGCUUUGUUACGUCCUGGACGAUUGGAUCGUAAGGUGGAGUUUGGCCUUGCCGAUAUGGAGAGUCAGACUCAAAUAUUCAAGAUCCAUACACAAACUAUGAGCUGUGAAAGAGAUAUUAGGUUUGAACUUCUGGCUCGACUAUGCCCAAAUGCAACUGGAGCUGACAUUAGAAGUGUAUGUACAGAAGCUGGAAUGUGUGCCAUCCGUGCUCGAAGAAAGACGGCAACAGAAAAAGACUUCCUCGAAGCUGUGAACAAAGUCAUCAAGGGGUACCAGAAAUUCAGUGCAACACCCAAGUACAUGUUCUACAACUGAGCACAUGAUGUACCCAUCAGGCAUAGAUUCUGUUUCGUAUUUGUAUUGUGAUAUUAAAUUGAUCGGCUGGCAAAAAUUUGUAAGACGAGUCGGGUUUUCAUCAUGGUUUUUGAUCGCAUAACUGCCCUUGUUCCUCCUUUUUUACACGAACCAUAGCUCCUAUCUUAUUCAUUACUAAUCUGCGCAGAUUG